GAAGGAUCUUGAACUGAAUAUGGCUUCUUACUUCAGGGAUGACCUAGAAGGGGCAGCAGAAGAGUUCAAGCGAUGUACAGAGGUACACAAAGCAACACCCUUGCAACACGAACUGCUUUGUCGGCUUGUAGUGAAGGUAAAUGCAGCUGUGCUGGAACAAGGCAAAGUACAGACUGAGUCAGAAAGUGGAGUUCAGUCCGACAGGGCUGCAGACUUACUUCAACAGGUGCUGGACGCUUGUAGAGGGACACAUGGUGGCCCUAGCACACACGUUACACUGGCUGUGGUACUGGCUGAACAGGGAAUGAUCAAGCAACUAAGGCACUUCCUUAUGGGACCACAAGGAAAAUUGAAUAAGACUUUACUUUUUGCUCGUCUCAAACGACUGGUUGAUGAGAACAAACUAGAAGCAAUCAAGAACUUUGUGGAAGCUGGUAAAGGCACUAUGGAUGUGGCACCCAUUUAUAUGCUGAUGUUGCAGCUUUAUA